CUCCGCAUAUCUACUAUGGCUACUGAAGUCGCACUCGACACUACAAUCGGCACUGUUGUUGUCGAACUCUACAACGACCAUGCGCCAAAGACAUGCAAGAACUUCUCAACCCUGGCCCAGCGCGGCUACUUCAACGGCCUCAUAUUCCACCGCAUAAUACCAAACUUUAUGAUUCAAGGUGGCGAUCCUACAGGUACUGGCCGAGGCGGUGAAUCCAUUUAUGGCGAAAAAUUCGAAGACGAGAUAUCUCCGCAACUCAAACAUACUGGAGCUGGCAUCCUUAGCAUGGCCAAUUCAGGCCCUAACACAAACGGGUCUCAAUUCUUCAUUACCCUCGCACCCACACCAUGGUUGGACGGCAAGCACACCAUCUUUGGCAGGGUCAAGAGCGGCAUGCAGGUUGUAAAGAAGCUUGGUUUGGUCAAAACAGACAAAGAGGAUCGCCCCGUAGAAGAAGUCAAGAUUGUUAGGGCAUACCUCCCAGAUGAUAACGCUCAAGCGUUACAACGCUAUUAGUGUGCGACAAAAGAUAAAUUGGUUUAACUCUCGCACAAAAGCCUCAUGUUCGCGAUGUCAAUAGUGUUCUGGUGUGAGUUUGAAACUUCCAUGUUGCAGAAUAGACACUCAUACGCUCAGCUAGUUCAAAGCGCCGUUCGGGUGGAUCAACACCUUGGUAUA